UCAGAUAUAUUCAUUUAUUUAAAAGCAGCAUCAGUCUUCACCAUAAAGUCUUACAGUGCAACUCAGCCUAAUGUUGGCCGUUUGGUCUCCAGUGGUAACAAGACAAUUUAAAAACCGGUCUGAACCUGUCCUGUCUGCAGUAUUUGAACCCAUGCUGGAUGGAUUAUUAGCACAGUUGUGCAUCACAGAUAUUGCUCUGCCCAUACUGUAUAAGUUUGGAAUAACAAGCAUCUUUAUAAUUACACUGAGUGAAAUAAUAUUCUUUUAUAUAUUUUUUAAUCAUAUUGCACACCAGGCACAGACUCCCAAUGUUCAGUAUAUUAAAUAGAACCUGAACACAACAAUAAAGUGUUGAGCAAAUAUAAUUGUGCAGUCAGCUGUACGCCUCUAUAGUCGGCGGCACUGAGAUUAAUAAGGGUGAGGUGGCUGCACUGGGCACAUUAAAGAAAAUCCCCUGUGCACUCUUUCAUUCAGAUUCCUGGAAAUAAAGUUAACAAGCACUUAGACACCUUCACAACCUCUAUGUAGACACCUCAACACUUUAAUAGUUUCUACAAUACCAUUAACGAUUAGUUCAAUAAAAAGCUGUUUGCCUGUCAAAGGCUAAGCAGGACGUUACUUGUCCGUUCUCAUCAAACAGCUAUUUGUUGCUUCCAUUUUAGAUCUAUAAAUAUCCUUAAUUAGCAUCUCCCAUAGAGCCCCUCCACCCGUCCAGCAGCAGAUUGAAAUACCUAGCCAUCACUUCAUUCCUACAUUCUCUUCUGGUCGCAUCAUGGUUAGUGCUUAGUAAGUGCUAAAACACAAGGACGCUAUAUAAACAGUGUCUGCGAUGUCUGCCGGUCACAUUUGGGUUUGCCUUCAUUGCGCAGUGGUCUCAUUUUUGUAUAGUUAGUGCUUCUUUAGUCAUACUGUGGCUGGAUCUUCCAAGGCAUUUUUUUUCCUUACACUUUUCGAUUUUCUCACUAUGGCGGAUGCUAUCAAGUCACCAUCCAGGCCUCAAUAUUGUCAUGAUGUAUCUUGGAAUCCCCUGAGCUACAGAUGGCCUAGCGUAAUCUUUAACCAACAUUACGGCCUGCCUCCGUUAUUGGACCCUCAAGACCUCAGCUGGAUGGAAGGCAUCUUUAGAAGGCUGGGGACAUCAUCUUGGCCCGGGUACUUGCGGACACCCGUGUUCGCUCCCUUCACUCAGGCCCCAGGACAGCCCAUGUCUAAGCUGCAGAGGGAGAUGAGUGGAGGGGUGUCGGAAGAAGCUGGUGAGAUGUGCAAGUGGAAAAUUAGCUUGGAUGUCAAUCACUUCGCUCCCUCUGAGAUCACCGUUAAAAUACAGGAUGGAUUUUUGGUAAUUGCAGGAAAGCAUGAGGAAAGACAAGAUGAGCACGGCUACAUUGCUAGAUGUUUCACAAGAAAAUACACACUUCCAGGUGGUGUUGAUGCUGAAAAUCUCCAGUCGCGUCUGUCCGUAGAUGGGAUCCUUACAGUGGAGACACCAUUACCCAGCAUUCCCCUCCCUGCUGAUGUCAAUAUCCCCAUCCAGGUGGAGGAAACCGCUGGAGGGAAACAAGAUGCUGAUGAGCCUCAAGUUGAAGCAGAAGCUAAACCGGAAUCAUUUGAAGGAGAAACGCCUGAACCCUCAGUCUCAACUGAGCUUCCUGAGAGUGGACAGAUCACCGAACAAGACCAGCAGACUGUAUCUGAUGUAGAUCCAUCUAGAGAACCACAACCCCAGUCCAUCUCAGAAGCUACACCAGGUACCACUGAGUCUGAAAGAGAGCAGGUCGGUGAACCCGGAGAGGAAGACAAAGAAGGUGCUUUUCAAGAGGCGGUUGAGGGCACCGAGCGAGAGGGAGAGCAAGUCCAUGAGUCUGCAGACAAGCCUCAGGCUCCAGAGACUCCAGACACCAUCACCUCCGAGCAAGGAGAGCAGGCAGAGGUCACGCAGCCUCAAGAAAUGGAAGGUGAAGAAGGAUAUACAGAACCUGCUGUUACAGAAGAUGAGCAAUCAACCUUUGGGCAAACCCAGGAGGUCUUCAAGCCUCAGCAGGUGCUUCAAAAGGAAAUGGAUGAAGGCAAAAUGUAAGCUACAAGAUAACAACAUCCCAGCUCUUUCCUUAGCCUCUUAAAACCCAUAAAUAUUUUAGAAUUUACUGUAACAUGCAUCUUCUUAGCACUAAUAAAGACCUGAGCAAGA